AUGAGUUUACCAGAAGUUAAUGCUGAAGACAGUUUAGAAUUUCUUUCUAAAUUCAUUCAAAUUCCAUCCCAUUCAAGAUCGCCCGCAGAAAUUGAUGCCGUAAAAUACAUCACUGCUGCAUUAAAUGAUAUUGGUAUUGAAGCUGAUUCUCCAGAAUUUAAUGAUAAAACCGAUGGAAUGCUUAGAUGUAAUUCUAUAGGGGUUUGGAAAGGUACUGGUAAGAAUCCUGAUGCUAAGAAAUUAUUAUUCAAUGGUCAUGUUGAUGUCAAUCCUGUAACUGAAGGUUGGACCGUCGAUCCUUAUGGUGGUAUUUAUCAUAAAGAAAAGGAAUAUAAAAUAGGUGAUGAUAAAUGGAUUUAUGGAAUUGGUGUUUCCAAUAUGAAAUCAGGAUGUUGUGCUUAUUAUAUGGCUGUAAAGACUUUGAUCGAAAAUGGUUGGAAAGUUUCAAAUGAUGUUACUUUAACUUACGUUGUGGGUGAAUUACAAGGUGGUGUUGGUACUGUUGCUUUAUUAGAACAAAAUAGAAUUACUAAAGAUACUGCUGAUUAUUUCAUUAAUUGUGAACCUACAGAUGUUUACGCUCUUAUCAUGCAUGCUGGUUCAGCCAUUUUUGAAAUUAAUAUCAUUGGUGAUACUAGACAUAUGUCUAAAAGAGAAGAAGCUACUGAUGCUAUCUUCUGUGCCAUGGAAGCUAUUCAAAAAUUAACUUAUAUGACAUUUUCAUCACCAAGAACUGAUGUUCAUAAAAGUAUCAAUAGAUGUCAUGUUGGAACUAUUCAUGGAGGGUUAGGUAGAAAUUAUGAAGACUGGAGACCUCCACAAGUUGCCGAUUUCGUCACUAUCAAAGGUGCCGCUAGAUACGCUCCAGGACAAACUGAAGAAAUUGUUCUUGAAGAUUUAAGAAGAGAAUUAGAAUCAGUCAAAGAAAAAUAUCCAAAGAUGAAAUUUGAACUUAAGCAAGUUAAGCAUGAUUUCAUGCCACCAUUUGAAGUUGAUCCUCAAGCUGAAAUUGUUCAAAAAUUAAACGAAUGUUAUAAAUCUGUUCGUGGUGUUGAUCAACCAACUGGUGCUUUAAGACCUCCAUGUUUCUAUGGAAGUGAUGCUGGUCAUUUAUACGAAAAAUUAGGUAUGCAAGGGAUUGUUUGUGGACCAGGUGGAAAAUUCAAUACCAUGCCUGAUGAAAGGGUAGAUAUCAUUGAUUAUUUAGAUACUAUCCGUAUGUUUAUGAAGAUUAUUGUUGAUAUUUGUGGUGGGUACAAAGAAUAA